CAAAAGUGUGUGAGAGGGAAAAGACAGAGUGAGAGAGAGAGAGAGAGAAUGGGCAAAGGCAGAGCUCCAUGUUGUGACAAAACCAAAGUGAAGAGGGGACCAUGGAGCCAUGAUGAAGACUUGAAACUCAUCUCUUUCAUUCACAAAUAUGGUCAUGAGAAUUGGAGAUCUCUCCCCAUUCAAGCUGGAUUGUUGAGGUGUGGCAAGAGUUGUCGUCUUCGAUGGAUUAACUACCUCAGGCCUGAUCUGAAACGUGGCAAUUUCACCUUAGAGGAAGAAGAAACCAUCAUUAAACUCCACCAGAGCUUUGGGAACAAGUGGUCCAAGAUUGCUUCUAAACUGCCAGGAAGAACAGACAAUGAAAUCAAGAAUGUGUGGCAUACACAUCUCAAGAAAAGAUUGAGUUCCAAAGAUGAAGCAGAAACAAAAGGUUCUUUGAACAGAGAAGAGAUGUCUCAAGAGUCAUCUCCGAAUGCCUCUAGGUCUUGUGGUGGUUCCAACAAUGUUAGCAAAGAGGAUGAUGAUGUACAGAGAGGUGAAACGUUUGAUUAUUUUCAAGAUUUUAGCGACUUCACGGGGAUGCUACAAGAGGUAGACAAACCAGAGCUGCUGGAGAUGCCUUUUGAUAUAGAUCCUGACGUAUGGAAUUUCAUAGAUGGUUUCCAACAACCUGAGAACAGUUUGACUCCAAAGGCUCAUCAAGAAUCUGAAGUAGAUGAAGUUGACAAAUGGUUCAAGAACCUGGAAAGCGAACUCGGUUUAGAAGAAGACGAUUGCCAACAACAACAUCAACAGCAUAAUGAAGCUAAAGAAGAUUCACCGUUCCCAUCACUCUUGGAGAGUUAUGAGCUUCUGAUAAAUCAUUAAUGAAGCCAUAAAUGAACUCAUUUUACUAAUUAUCCUCAAUGAAGAUGUACAAUAGAGUUAAAAUUCUUGGUAGGUGCAUGUAGUAGUAAUAGCAAAGAAACGUAGAAAUUACAGAGCCAAAAGAUUGCUUUGUAUUGAAACCAAGUAACCACUAGCAAACGUGGUUUGAGAUGGAAUAAUACCUUUCAG